AUGAUAGCGAUUAAACUGAUUGUGGACGGCAUGACACUGAAUCUAGUAAGUGUGUAUGCGCCGCAGUCAGGCUGUGAGGAGAGCGUGAAAGAAAAGUUUUGGGAGGACUUUGAUUGCCUGCUGAUGAAUAUACAGGAUAGCGAGGAAGUCUACGUGGGUGGUGAUUUUAAUGGCCAUGUAGGAAGAGAGAAUGAUGGAUAUGAGAGAGUGCAUGGUGGGUGGGGAUUGGGAAACCGGAACGCUGACGGUGAGACACUUUUACAAGCUGCCUGUGCCUUCGACCUGGCUAUAACAAACACGUGGUUUAAGAAAAAAGAGGAACACCUAAUAACCUACAAGAGUGGCCACCACGCGACACAGAUAGACUACUUCCUAGUGAGGCGGAGGAGUCUAUGCUGUGUCAAAAACUGUAAAGUGCUGCCAGGCGAAGCAUUAGUCGCCCAACAUAGGCUUGUGGUGAUGGAUGUUAAAUUAAGUGUCUCCCCCAGAAACAGCCAAAUACGGCCCCCUCCAAAGACAAGAUGGCGUAUGUUAGAGAAUGAUGAAUGUGCUAGUAGAUUUAGGAACCAUAUAGUGGAGAAAAUUAUAGAAAUAAAUGAGAUGGAAGAGAAAUUGGUAGAUGAUUGUUGGAAUGAGAUGGCCAGGCACAUAAGGAAGGUCGCAAAGGAUGUGUUUGGAGAGUCGAAAGGAAAAGGUCUGAUAGAUAGGGAUACAUGGUGGUGGAAUUUGGAAGUGCAAAAUAUACUGAGAGAGAAGAAAGUGGCAUUUAAAGAAUGGCAGGUUGUAAAAAAUGUGAAUACAAGUUUAAAAGAUGAAAAAAAGGAAGUUUACAAGGAAUUUAAGAGGAGAGCAAAGAAGGCGGUAGCAGUGGCCAGAGCUAAGGCACAAGAAAAGUUGAAUCCCAUAUAUUUCGAUGUUGAAUCUACGGGACCAUUGAUCUCAGUAAUUGUUCUCUGCCUCAAUGGAUUCUAA